AUGGCCUAGAAUAUUAUAGUGGGAGCUAUUAAAAUAAAGGAUGGUUUAUUCAUUGGAGAUGAGUACGCGUCACAAGUAAUCUAUUAGUUAUAAUAUAGGAUCGAGAAUUCAUUAUAAAUAAUAAAGUUACUCAUAUAAUCAAUUGUUCUGGUACAGAAGUGCAAAACAAGUGGAUCAUGAUGAAUGUGAAAUAUCUUACAUUCAAUUGGCUUGAAUAAGACAAUGAAGUAAAACAUUCCAUUUAAAAGGUCUUAUUUGACGACAAAAACGAAAAUGUCAAUAAAAUUUAUGCAUUCAUUGAAGAGUGCUUUCAAUAAGGCGAAAGUUGUUUGGUUCAUUCACUCAGAGGUUAAAGCAGAGCAUGUUGCGUAUUGGCAGCUUAUUUUAUGAAAAAGUUCGUUAAUUUAUUUAAAUAAUAAGGUAUUCAUGGACACUCUACAAAACACUCGAAUAUCUCAAUUCUAGAAGACCAGAUCUUGAAAUAAGGGCCUCCUUCUUUUAUUAACUAAACUCAUUAGAAUCCAAAAUGAAUAAGACAGGGCCAAAGAGAACUGCCUCUUGGAAUGAAUUAACAUCGGACGAGCUGAAUCCUCAAUAACUCUAAGAAGAAUUAAUUAUAAGAAACACAUUUCUCAAUUCAUAAAAUGGACCUGUUGAUGACAUCUACACCAAUUUACAAUCCAAACUAGUAUGAAUUUGAAAUACAUAAUAGUCAGUAUUAGGAAAGGUUUAUAAUCAGAAAAUUAAAUGGAAAGAUUAAUUAAACAAAGAAAACAUUUAGUUAUCUACCUUAGUCUAUACAGGAUCUCCAGAUUUUGUGUAAACUACAGACACUAAGCUCAAAGAGGAUAAUGACUGCCAAUCAAUUUUAAAAGUAAGCUAAUAAUUAUUAUGAGGGAGUAUAAAAAACUACAUUAAAUUAACCUGCAAAAUAACCAUAAAUCUAGCACAGUUUUCCUAAGUGUCCGAAUUAAAAUAAUCACAUUUGUAAAUAACUCAAAUAAGAUGAUUGUGAGUCGUUUAAAUAAAAUGCUUAAAUGAGUAAUAACUAAUCCUUUUUAAAUUUAUUAAUGCAUUGUGCAUAAAGAUAAAAGUAAAAUUCAUAAUAGGAAAAAAAGACUUCACCUAUAUCAUCAGAUUAAAUGUAAAGUCCUUAGUUCAUUAAUCAGCCAAGUGGAGUGAGAAGCACAUCCUUAUAAUAAAAUGAUGAAAAGAAAAAUUAAAAUGAUCCUACGAAUAAUCGUCCAAGUUCUGUAAAAUAAAAGGAUGUUUCUCCAUCUCUCUUAACUAACUUUUAAGAAUUUAAAAAUCAAGUAUAAUAAUCAUUACAUUAUUUUAAUAAAUAGUCUGAAACUAUUUUAAAUAUGGAUAAACAAUUAAUUAAUGUUAUUUAAUAGUAAUAAUAUUAAUAAUAAUAAUAAUAAUAAUAAUAAUAACAAUAAUAGUAAUAAUACUAAUAGUAAUAAUAAUAAUCUAAUAUCUCAUAUUUAUCUUAAUAAAAUGAUUCAAAAUUACAAAUCCAAUAAUCUACCUAACAUCAUUCAGGUGCCCAAUAAAAGACUAAAUUAGAUUAAUUAAUUAGUCCAACAUUGAUUUCUACUAUGAGUUCAACAAAACAUUCUGAAAUUUAAAAAACCUUAACUUAAUCCAUAUCAUAAUUAUAAUCAAGUUAUUAAAAAUUUUAAUAAUUACAAAUGAAUAAUUAAAUGAAACUAUCAUAGUCGACUAGCCAAAUUCAACAGCAAAAUAAUAGUAAAACUUCAGCAGAAUUAAGUACAACAAAUAUAGGAAAUAUUUCUAAGAUUUAAAAUAGAAGUAGUUCUUUAAUAAAAAAAGGGGAUGAUUUAGACAGUAAGAAUAGGCCUAAUAGCGCUGAUAUAAAGGAUCAAUUAAAAAACAAUAACGUUUAAAAAAAGGAGAGUUUAUCUCCAUUUCGAAAAGAUCCAAUUAAGAAAAUGCAUUAAUAUGGACCCCCUUUACCUUAGUCAAAUUCUUAAAUUUAUCUUAGAAAUGUUUAAUGUCGAAGAUAAGCUGCAUCCACAUUAAGGAAUCAGUAAAAACCAAAUAAUUCAUUUUAAGAUAAAUAUUUAAAUCAAAGUGCUAACUAAGUACAGAAUAAUAGUAGUUUUAAUAACAAUAGUAAUUCAAACAUAGAAGCAGAUUCAAAGAUGCAGUAAAAAGUAGUUUAGGGAUUGGUUUCUGACGUAAACCAUCUGAAAAAAUUGAUUUCGCCUUAAAGUUUGACAAAAAGUUAGGCACAAUUUUUAAAAAAUCAACCCAUUAGGGUUUUAUAAGAAUUGACAGAAAAAACUUAGAGCAUCAAGCAAAUGUAUUUGUUUUAGUAUAGCCUUUAUAGCAAAGGAAAGGAUAGUAUUUAAUCCGCAGCCAUAACAUUUGUGCAAAAACCAUCAACAGUGAAUACAAGAACGUUCUCACCAGCAAUUAAAAGUAAAAAAUAUAUAUAUGAAAUUACUUAAGAUGAUCAAAAGUGCAAAAGUAGUCAUGUUGGGAAUCCUUAAAAUUUGAGGUCGAAGAUAAGAAAUUCAUCCCCUGGUAAGAUUUUAGCUGAUUUUAGGUUUAAACAAAGAUUAAGAGAGUUUUAGUUCUUUUUCGUAUUCAAAUGUAAAUACUACUUAGCCAGAGAAGAAUAGUUGGAAAAUGCUUUGA